UAUAAUUCAAGUGUAUAAAUUAAAUAAGAUUAAUUAAUACAAAGUUUGAUGAAUAAAAAAAAGUAAUAUCAACAUGAGGAGCACGCGCACAAUCGUUAAAUGAGAGAGUAUAUAACCGGGUGUCGGCCACUUCUCCCGGCUGACUUAUUCUCUCUGAUAUCACACGCUCCUCCCCAUCUCUACUAUUCUCUACUCUGUUGGACAGUAAGUCCUGUCUCAGACGAGCCUCAACGGCAUAGUAAGUGGCAAGUACCAGUUGCUCAGCAGCAUUUGCCACGGCUGGACACUCUCAAACUCUCAGCAACCGAUCAUUCGCAAUUGAGGUGCCAGACAUUGCAUUUCAACUUUUCAAACGUCAUCCACCAGCUAUUUUUUAACAAAAAUUUUAACUGAUUAUUUUUUCAUUUUAGUUCAUUUAUUGCUUCGUGUAUUGAACGAAAAAAAAAAAAAUAAAAUAAAUAAAAUCUCUAUUACAACAAGGACUUGUAUAAUAAAGAUAAGAUGAAGGAAUUCUAAACCCUUUCUUAUUUGAUUCCACCACAAUCAAGUGGUGGAAAAAGCAUGAUGAUGUUCAUUGAGAAAUCAGUCAGUGAUUGGCAGUGUCGAGGGUUCUUUUGAGCAAAUGUGAUUGUGAUUGUUUUUAGUUGAUUAUUUUUAUUUAAAUAUCAAUCAAAGUGUAACGUAAUAUCUAUCAACACUAUGAGAAUAAAAUCUUUGGACAUUCUAAUAUCAAAAAUGAUUUUAUUCUUUGUGAUUCUUGUUCUUGGUCUCAAGAAUUGUCAGGUAGUUGGAAACACAACUGUUGAUAUUGCUAAGGAGGAAUGUCGAAAGAAGAUAGCCGAAUGUUCAAUGUAUGGCGGAUCAACUACGCCAGUUUGUGGCAGUGAUGGGGUUACAUAUUCAUCACAAUGUCAAGUUAUAUCAAGACAAUGUCAUGGUGAAUCAAUCUUGAUAAAACAUCCAGGUCCAUGUCCAGAGACACCGGCGUGCUUCUCAGCAAGAGUAACAGCACGACCAGGAGCACGACCAGUUUGCCGUCCUGACGGCACCUACGCGCCAGUUCAGUGUCAUAAGGAGACUGGCUACUGUUGGUGUGUAACUCCUCAGGGUCGUCCACUUCCGGAUACUUCAGUCAAAUACCAGAAGCCAAGAUGCUCAAGAGUAUUUCCGACUUCUGACAGUUUAGUCUCCGGAGAAGUAUCCACUAAAAGUGGCCAAAAACGACGCUCAUCUAACUGGAAACAAAAGAGACAAUUUAUUAGUAGACAUAGAAAUAAUUGUGAUCGAGCAGAAAAAUCUAAAUUCAACAGCAAUCUGAUAGAGAACUUUAAAAUUGAAUAUAGGAGAGCUAACAACACUAAUAAUAAUGGUGAGAAAGGUGUGGAGCGAAUUCUUUCAUGGAAGUUUACGACAUUGGAUAAAGAUGGUGACGAUUACUUAGAUCGAACUGAGUAUAAAGAAUUAAGGAGAUUGGCUAAGAAGGCAAUAAGACCAAAAAAGUGUGCAAGAACUUUUGCAAGGACUUGUGAUCUCAAUCAGGAUCUCAAAUUAUCCAGACAAGAAUGGGGUGCUUGUUUGGCGAAUGAUUUUGCGCUUCUAAAAGGGAAUUCUCCACCGGUUCACACCAGACCGACCUUCAACGAUAAUCCUCCAGACACAAAAGAAGACAGUGAUGCAAAUGAUUGCAUUUCGGACAGAAGAUCUGUCUUGGAAGAUCAAAAGCAAAAUUCUCAAGAAAAGUUUUACAUACCUCAGUGUACUCCUGAUGGAAGAUACCACAAAAUUCAAUGCUACUCAGGAUACUGUUGGUGUGUUUAUCAAGAUACCGGGAAACCAAUACCUGGUACUUCCUCCAAGAAUCAUACUUCCAAUUGCAAUCCCGUACCACCACUCAAUAGACCCAUGAAAGGCUGUCCUGAAGCAAAAAAACAGAUAUUUUUGAGAGAUUUAAUGAUACUGAUGGAGAGAAAAAUGAAAACAUCAAAUCCAGAUUCAGUAGAAGCAACAGACAAAUGGCCUGCUUCUAAGGAAGAAAAAGUUGCAACUUGGCACUUUGUUAUGCUUGAUAAAAAUAAAAAUAAAGUACUCGAGAAAAAAGAAUGGAAAACCUUCCGCACAAUGGUAUCAAGCAAUCAACACUUGAAAAGAUGUGGGAAAAAAUUACCGAGGUAUUGUGACAUAAAUAAUGACCGAAGAAUUAGCAUGACCGAAUGGCUAAGUUGUUUAAAUGCACAACGACCGACACCAGCUGAGAGUUUAGAAAAAACGUCUACGUCAAAGCCUCGAAGACUUGGUCCUAAUCCACUUGAUCAAUUUCUAAAUGAUGACGACUAAGUGAUACAUGUGAUAAGAAAUUUACCUCUUUUAUUAAACAAAUGAUGAUUUUGUUAAUUAUUCGUUGAUUAUAACAGACUUGGUAAUCGAUUAAUUUAUCAUUACUUGAUUUAUUUUUUAUGAAUGAACUCUCAUUUUUUAGAUAUAAAUAUACGUUAUAAUAUUAAUAAGAUACGUCAGAUGCGAUUAAAACAAGUUGAUAUAAAUAUAUGUGAAUUAUAUAUGUAAUGACGCGAUAUAAGUAUUACACACUUAAUUAAAUAUUUAUGUUGAUCAAUCAGUGUACGUAUUAAGCAUGAAACGGUGCUCUAAAUACUAGCGCAGAUAUGUCACACUCGUUUAGUGUACUGAAAAAUGAUAAUUACAUCAACUAGUAAUAAUUUUUUAUUUAUAUUUCUAGUAUAUAAAAUCGCUUCAAAUUUCAUAAAUUUAGGUCAUAAAAAAUUAUAAUUAUAUUGAAUACUUAAAAAAAAACAAG